AUGAAUACAUUGAAUCCGAAAUAUCAAACUUAUCAAUCAGUAGGAUCGAUUGACGAUCAAGAACAAUCAAAAAAUGAUCGUAUUCGAAAUCUAAUAUCAAAUAUUUUGACUGUGAUCAGUUUGAUUUUUCUCAUUCCUGGUCUUUGGUAUCCAAUGAUCAAUAUUCGUAUCACUACUUUAUUACAAAUAAUAACAAUAGUAAAUCAAACGCGAAGCAUUUUAACAUCAAUUAUGUUUCUGUUUGAACAUAAAGCAUAUCUUUCUGGAAUAUUAAUAACUAUCUUUUCUGUCGUGAUUCCAUUUCUCAAAGCAGAUUUAUUACUAUUAAUGAAUAUAUUAAAAAGUGCACGAUAUAACUAUACAGUCUAUACAAUUGUUCGUGAUUGGGGUAAAUGGAGUAUGGCAGAUGUGUUUGUUACAGCUGUUUUUCUUUCAUAUUUAUCAACAACAGUAUUUAUUGUAUCACUUUUUUAUUAG